UGAAUCGUAUCCCACCAACCCUUUCGUAUCUUACCAUCUACAACCCUACUCUUCGACCAACGGAACCUGUCGAGGAAGGCGACGAAGAUGCAGAAGAGCAAGCACACAUCCUCUUCUAUACCUCCAGAGAGCGAGCAGUGUCGAGAGAUCGCAUGCUCAGGCAGAUCGGCCUCGCCAAGGCGUUGAUAAAUUUCGCUGAGCUCUUCAGCCAACAUGACCCAUGCAGCAACGUUCACUCGCAGUCGAAACGGAUGAUCAUGAUCUCCCCAGAACCUAAUUUCUGGAUCCAUGCAGCUAUUGAGGUUGCCAAAGUCCCUCGAGCGCCCGAUCCGAAGAGCAAGGCGAAAUCAACAGGCAAACCGGGAGAUAAAGGGAAGGAGAAGGAGAAGCCACCGUCGCCGAUAUAUGACUACCAGGACGGAUCGGUCCAUGACGGUGCUAUCCGCGCGCAUAUUAUGAAUGGCUACGAGAGGUUCAAGGUAACCCAUGGGUCUUUCACAUCGAUUUUGUAUGGGUUGGGUCAACAGGCCCUGGAACUACAACUAGAACGAUAUUGGACAGUGUGGGCUUGGUCAUGGACCAUAGAAGAAAGCCCUGAAUUUGGAGAGGACUUUGGGCCCCUCCUUCCUCCUUGUUAUGCCUCCCUUAUACCCAUUCUUGACGAAUUUUCGGAGACCCUCUCUGCCGACAUAAUACCAGUCAUAUUUUCCCGUCAACAUAUUAUACCCUCGACAAGAUUCACGGCCGGACGCUAUCCUGCAAGCCUUACCGCCCACCUAGCCUCAGUGGUUCCUCCCAAACUAGAUCAUUCACCGAGCUCGGACACACUCAACGCACUCGCCUCGUCUGUAGACACCAUCCGAGGCAGACUACCCACGGAUGCUGCUGCAGCAGUCGCGAAGGCUUCCGUUAAUGCCACUACAAAUCGUGGAGGGGCCAACUUCCUCGGGAUGCCUCCCAUGCCCGCCGUGAAUAUGAACCUGGACGUGCGGAAGUGGAACUGGCCUGGAUAUCUUACAUUCGGAAAGUCUGCCGCCUCGAAGCCCUCGACAGAGAUAUUUGCGAGUAUCGUAACAGAGAAGGAGAAUCCGCAGACUCCACCGAACAAGCCAGAAGAGCAGAAGGACGAUGCUCGGAGUCACCUCGCCGUUGAAGUCAAUACGGAUGCUCUGGAAGACGCCAUAGCCUCGGAGACGAUGUCACUAGCAUCCAGAGCCGGGGGUGAGGAGGAGCCCAAUGGCCAGGAUAUCCCGUCUAGCUCAUCUAAAACGGGGGACCAUCCGAGCGACGUUAUUAUCUCACCGGUUAGCAAUGACCUGCCCUCGAUGCCUGCAUCUUCUCCAUCUCGGUCCCUUAUCUUUGCCCGUCCAGCUGAAGAAUCACCUCCUCCCACUCCGCCUGCAUUGCCAGAAUUCUCUCUGACGAGACUUCAUUUGGCACCAUUCGAGGACCCAACGGCAACGAGGAGAACGACGAUUCAUUAUUUCAUUGAACGAGAUUUUAUGCUGGCGCUCAUAGAUGCUCAUCAAGAAGGGGCUGAAGACGAGGAUUCGGAAACACGGGACCUACAAACGGCUGCUGAGCAGGCUCUGAAAUUAUUCGACGAUAUAGAGUCGGCCAUAUAUGACGCUGGGUUGAAGAGGAUAUCGGACCCUCUCCCCUCCGCCACCAAGAUCCUGCAACCGCAAGAUCGUUACUUGAUAUCCACAGGGCUUUACACAUAUAGCCCACCAGGCUUCGUCUCCAAAUCAAGCCAUCUCUUCAACGCGAAGGCGAUACUAGACAAGGACCCUGACAUCAGUGAGGUCUUUUCUCGAGGACAGAAUCCACAGCAUUGGCAUAUUGUCAAACGCGGCAUUGGUGGCGCUAAUGACUCUGGAGAGAAACCGAAGACAGGUGGAGAGGAAGUCUUCAUGGAGGUGUUCAGGAAGGAGACAAGCCUGACGGACGUCGACAACGUUCUUGCAGGUGCAAUUAGGAAGUCUGGGCUGCCGUACGAUCCUUCACGACCUCGAUGAA